AUGGAACAAAUUAUAAACGCAAAUUACAAAAAGGAAACGAAAAUAACUGACGCUGCUCUCUCCAGAAGCCCCAAUGCCGUAUUGGUUCCUGGAAUAGACACACUUCAAAUUGUGUACGACUUGUUCACCAAUAUUAGAAACUACGACACUUUAAAGCAACCAGUAAACUUGGUAUUUCUGCAUGGAAGCGGCAUGAACAGGGUCAUUUGGGAAUAUUAUGUAGCACGUCUGGCAGAGAUGAGUGAUAAUAGCUCGUGGUUUGUCAAUAAGAUUAUAACGAUUGACCAAGUUACACAUGGUGAUUCUUCUGUUCUGAAUAGGGAGAAAUUGGGCGUCAAUUUUGAAUGGAGUGAUGGUGCAAGGGACGUCUGCGAAGUAGUCCAACGGGAAUUCUUAACGAAUCAUAUCACAGCCUCAACUGCCGGUCAAGUGAAGCCAUUUAAUAUUAUUAUUGGGCAUUCAAUGGGUGGAUUUCAAGCUUUAUCGAGUGGUGUUCUUUACCCAUAUUUAUUUGAUCUCAUUAUUACCAUUGAACCAGUGUUAAUAACUCAUGAUGGUGGGAAAGUAAAAGGGCCAACAAUAAUGCCAGUAAAUUUUUACAAUUCAUUAAAGGCUAAGAUGGAUGAUAAAUUCGAAACAUUGGAAGAUUACCACAAGACAAUAGAUACAAACAGUUUUUACACAAGAGUGCAUCCUGAAAUAAAGCAAAGAUUCAAAGAGUUUGAAAAAGUACAAGAUAUGGAAGGCAAGAUAACCAUGAAAAUGGAACAAAGACAAAAUUUAAUUUGUUACCUAACAUUGAAUCCUGGUGCACAGUGGCUUUUAAACGGAUUAUCUUUUAUUAAAGCACCUGUAGUGAACAUACUUGGAGGAGUUUCUAAAUGGUGUCCAAAGGAAAAUGAAGAAACAAUGAAUAGACGUAUCCCAAUAUAUGAAAGGGAUGUUAUUGUAGGUGGUGACCAUUUGGUUAAUAUUGAAAUGCCUGCUGAAACGUUAGCAAAAGUAAUUGCUCAUAUCACAAUUUUUGUAGACAAAUCUAAGAGGGUACUUCUUCAUGAUAUAAGCACUAAUCAAAGGAGGACGAAAUUUCAACAAGAUUUUGAAGCUUUUACAAAGGCAAGAGUGAAACCUAUCAACUUACAACUUUCCAAACUCUAG